GUCAAUUCAUCUCUUAGCAUGCAGGGUUACACAAUGGAGUCACCCAUGCUGAACAAUUGCUGAGCCUAUAGUUAUGGUUCUCUGAAUGAGGAGGACCAACAGGGUGGCUUAGUGAAUACCCACCGCUGACUAACUGCUCUGCUCUGGAUAUAGGCUACAAGCUAAAGAAGAAGUAGAACCUCUAAUGGCGUGUGUUAAAUCAAUCUAUGAUUUCAGCGCUGAGACCUUGGACGGUCAGAGCGUUCCUCUCAGUAACUACAGGGGCAAGGUGCUCCUCAUUGUCAACCUAGCCACCUUCUGAGGGUCAACAAUAGAGGAGUACCACAGAAUGAAUGCACUCAUGGAAAUGUUUGGUGACCUCAACUUCACUGUCCUGGGAUUCUCCUGCAAUCAGUUUGGUCUUCAGGCACCUGAGGUUAAUCAUGAAACCCUCAACCUUCUCAAGUAUGUAAGGCCAGGUGGGGGGUUUGUCCCCAAGUUCCCUGUGUUUGGCAAGAUCGAGGUCAAUGGGUUGAAUGAAGAACCUCUUUUCGCCUAUCUCAAGGAGUCUUUGCCCUAUGUGAACCCUGUCAUAGGAGAUAUAAAGAAGUUCUACUGGUCACCCAUCAAAGUCAAUGACAUUCGCUGGAACUUUGAGAAGUUUCUAAUCGAUUCUGAUGGGGCGCCUUUCAGGCGUUAUGAACUUCAUGGCCCUACUGAGAACGUGGAGAAAGACAUCGCAGGCCUACUAUAAAUGGAGUCAUCUGUUCCCUUUAUGGCUGUCAAGAAAGUGGGUCCUUCACCAGCAGAGGCAGAGUGAUGAUCCCUCAGUAAAUGCAGACUAAAUGCAGCUGAGCUGGAUCUGAUGGAGAAGGGAGAAGGACUCUGAGUUUCAGUGCAUUCACUCAGAAUAUCAGAUCCCUCCAGCCCCUGUUGGUGAUCAGUAGGCCUAUCACUAUGGUCUAAAUAUAACUAUCCCCUUUUGUUAUUGUUGCAAAACAGAGUUAGUCAAUAAAUAUUUUGGCUGAAAUCUUAAAA